GUCACUAUUUUGAAAAGAAGUCUAGUGAGAGGUGAGUAUCUUAAAACUUUCUGCAUUGCACUGACCAUUUACUAACAUUAAUAAAUAACUGACAAUCCAAUUUUAAGCUUCCAAGUGUCAAUUGAAUUUAUACUGGUGAAACAGUUAAUAAUAUAAUAAACGAGUCAUAAACAAUUUCGCAGUCGUAGGUACAUAAAGUAUUUUAUUCACGGUCUUUUAUACAGAUCACACCUAUUGUAAAUUAAAGAUUGGGAGUCUGAAAGCUAAACUGCUUUAAAGAACUGGGAAUACCAGCUAGUUGUUAGCAAUGGAUUGGGUUUCAAAUAAUCAUUUGACUUCAACUUUUGUAUAUAAUUAAGUUUGUCACCUUUAUAAAUACAAACAAUAUAAAUAUGUAUAAUAUGCGCCUUGACGCUGCCAUGUCCAAUGGUGGAGUGAGUCGACCAAUGAUUGUGAUUGAAUUGAAUGUGAUAACACAUAACCAGCUAGCUCACUAAUGUUGCACCGUAACAUCCGUUUUUGUUCAAAGAUAGUGAAAGAGCAAGCAAGUUCUUGAGAGAUUACUCAAAUAAUAGUUUACAGAAGGUGAAAAUAGUAAAUACUUGAGCUUUAUUUUUAUUUGAACUAGUUGGUUCCCGGCUCGUUGCUGCUGCAGAAGAAAUAAUUAUGGAAAUAUUGUUUUAAAUUUGAAAGAGUUAUAGGUAUUGUUUAAAUAAUUGAAAUUGAAUUAUCUAUAAUAUAAAAUGAAUUGCUGAAUGUGUUGCUAAGCGCAAAUCUCGAGAUCAGCUGAACCGAUUUCGCUAAUUAUUUUUUUAUAAUAUUUCUUGAAAUACGAAGAUGGUUCUUACGGAGAGAAAAAUUUAAAUAAUUGCCUGAAAAGCUCUUAAAAACAACACUUUUCUAUAUUCCCAUACAAAAGAAAACAUAAUAAUACUUAAAAGUCAAUUUGAACUUUAAUACCAUACUAUAAAUGUUUUUUUUUUCUUUUUUUUAUCUUAAUAGCUGACUCGGUGUCCCGAUAACAGCAGAAUAAGUAUUUAAAAAAAUAAAAAAUUAAAGAAUCGAUUGUUAAGCGGUAUGAAGUUCGCCGGGUCAGCUAGUAUAUUAUAAUUUUAAAAAAAAUUGUGGAUACGAUAUGCACGGCACAUGUUGUAUUUUCUACUGAUUUCAAAAAGGAGCCGGUACUCAAUUCAACUGUAUGUUUUUUUAAUGUGUGUUACCUCAUAACUUUUUACUGGGUGAACCGAUUUCGAUCGAAAGCUGGUGCUUCACAUGUGGUCCUGUAUAAAUUUGAUCAAGGUCUGACCAAUAGUUUUUGAGUUAUUCUUAAUAAUUUAUAUUGAAGUCAGUUGUACAAAAUUUUAAAUUAUUUAUUAUUAUUGUAUUUAUUACGCCUUUAACCUUUGUGCAACUGCAAGCAAUAAGUUGAUAAAGUUUUAGUGCAAUCUGAUAAACGGUAUGCGUGCGCUUAAAAUACGGACAAACAAACAUUAAUUUUUAUUAUUAUUAUUUAUUAUUAUCUGGUAAUAGGCGAGCAGCUUAUAGCUGAUAUGCCCAUAUCUGUGUUGGUGUUUUAUAUUAGUCCAAGUUCACACUAAGAAUACACUAAAUUGGAUUGUCCUGACACCAUUUGUCCAGUUUGUUUUUAAAACUAAUCACAGAGGGAGCAUCUACCACGUCUUGAGGCAACUUGUUCCAUAUAUUUAUAAUUCUGUUGUUUAGUGUGUGAUGUCCCACAUUAGUGUAUGAGCGGGUGUGGGUCAAUCUCAUAUAGUUAGGAUGUCUAGGUCGGUGGAUACUGCUGAUGUUAAAAAUAUGUGGCAGCUCUUUGCAAUUAUAUUUAUGUGUCAAUAUUUUGUAGGUCUCAAUAAGGUCUCCACUGGUGCGGCGAGAUUUCACCGUUGUUAGAUUCAAUAUUUUUAAUCUCUCUUCGUACGGCUUUUUGCGAAGGCAUAAUGGAGUUUUUGUGGCUUUUCUUUGUACACUCUCCAGCAAAUCUACAUCCUUAAGAAAAUAGGGGUUCCAAAUUUGAAAUCCAUACUCUAUCAGCGGUCGGAUGUAUGUUUUAUAAACCUUGAGCAAUGUAUCUGGAGUCAGAUAUUGAAACGAUCGUCUGAUUGCAUACAAAAUGCUGUUUGCUUUUUUGACAAUACUAUGGAUAUGGUCAGCCCACUUGAGGUCGGAUGAUAUUAAGACACCUAAAUCCUUGUGUGAGUUAACUGACAUUUCUCUGGGAUUGUUUCGACCUAGAUGCAAGACUGUGCAUUUAGAAGGAUUAAGUCUUAUAACCCAAUUUUUUGUCCACUCCUGUAUACGCUCUAAGUCUUCUCUUAAAGUUCCCUGGUUCAAUAGAGGAUUUCCGAAGUAUUUCACAUCAUCAGCAAAGAAACAGGCUUCUGAGUGUAUUAUAGAACUCAGAUCAGCAAGAAAAAUGCCAAAGAGGGUAGGCGCGAGUACAGAUCCUUGUGGCACUCCACUGAAGACAUCUUUAGGUUGCGAAUAUACAUUUCCAACUCUUACUUGAAAGGUUCUUCCAUUGAGAUAAUUUUUGAUCCAUUUCAGGUUUCCUCGGACACCCAGAUGUUCCAAUUUAACCAAAAGACGUCUGUGAGUUACCUUGUCAAAGACCCUUUCAAAGUCCAGGUAGAAUAUAUCCAAAGGAUUAUGUUUAUCAAAUUCCUCAGUCCAUCUGUGGUAGCAGGAAAGAAGGCUAGUUGUAGUCGAGUGCCGUUCCACAAAGCCAUGCUGGUUAUCUGGAAUAAUUUUCUCAUCUGCUAGGUACUUUUUUAUAUAUAAUCUUCUCCAUACAUUUGCAAACAAUACGAGUUAAGCUGAUUGGCCUGUAGUUAGCUGGAUCUAAUUUAUCACCCUUUUUAAAAACAGGUGUUACUAUAGCAUGUCUCCAGUCUUUUGGUAACUCACCUGAAGCAUAUGAUUCAUUCAUAAUAUUGACCAAGACAGGUGUGAUGGUUUCUGCGCAUGAUUGGAGAAAUACUCCAGGGAUAUUAUCAGGCCCAGUAGCAGAGUUUACAUUUAGGGACUUGAGAACCAUAAGCACAUCCUGUGAUGUGAAAUGGAUGUCAUCUAUGGAGUUUUUAACUCUUGGUAUAGGUAUGGAGAUAUUAUUAAGGUCUGGUUCAAAUGAGUAUGCUUUCUCAAAUUCACAAGCAAACGCUUCAGCAAUUUUUGACCCUUCAACCACAAGAUUGCCAAGUUCAUCACGUACUACAGCCGGUAGACCAACUUUAGAAGCCAUGCAACUGCGUAGGUGAUAUAGACUCUACGGUGGCUAACCGCUAAGUGAGCGGCGAGCCAAAACAACUGCCUUUUAUACAAACGGAUGACGCAACCGCUCUCUACCUAAGAAGCGAGCGACUGCGUCAUGCGAUAAAACAUGCGACCAAUCACCGCUGGACUUACGCAGCCGUUUGUAAAAUUAAAAACAAACCGCCGCGCAACGCCCACAUUAUUAGAGAGCAGGCUUGAAGAUAUUUAAGAGAGCACACACAGCCGCAGCCCUUUAUUAGACGAAAUUUCAUUAGCUCUAUUCAGACUUGCAAACAUUCACAAGAUUCCAAGACAGGAAUUGAUGCAGAAUCUGAAAAAAGAGAGUCUAGGCGUCUGGCUGAAUUUCGUAAGAAACUUAGAGAAACCACUCCUAUUAAAGAUCUUGGUGAACAACCAUUAACACACGAGGAAAAUGCAUUACCGGCAUGGCCUAAUGAUACUAAUCCUCAUACAGGAGAAGUAGGUGGACCUAGAGGUCCAGAACCAACUCGAUAUGGUGAUUGGGAAAGAAAAGGGAGAGUAUCAGAUUUUUGAUGAUUAAUUAAGUAUUAAAACAAUGUAAUAAAAUUAGGCAAAUUUUAAAUGCAUUAGUUAAUGCAAAUGCAUAAAUUAAAACAGUAUAGUUAC